AUGAUAUUUUUCAUUAUAUUAUAUGAAGAACUUACUUACUCCUUUAGUUUUAGAAUCUAUCAAUCAAAUAAUUUGAAGAUUUUGUUCCUUAGAAGGAAGCAUAGAUUAUUAUAUCUUAUUUAUAAGUAGAUCAGAAUUUUUCCACUAUUGGAAUAUUUCCUAUAUUUGUUGAUAAAAAUUUGA